UACACAGCACUAUGCAAAACGAGCCACAAAUCGAUAACGUCAAACAAUCGGAACUUCUAACUCAUGAACAAAAUAAACAGCUGUAACAACUAUGAAAAUGUAAACAACAAAGAUCGGGCCCCGGUUCCGGACCCAGCGUACCCGCCCAACCAUGAGACGAGCACCUACACUCGUCUUCCUCAUUUUGUCCAUUAGAUGGCCAUCAGCCUGUGCCGGCUGUUAUGCCAAUUCUCCCCAACGAAGAAAAUUUAACCGAACAUUUCUCUCAUCAGAUACGCUAUUUCGAAUCUCUUACAAGUGGAUAUUUGGUUAGCUUCACAGAUGAAUUAACACUUAUGCACAAUUCUCUUUUUUUCAUUUUAACAGCACUAAGUGGAACAGGCGACGAAAUUCUACCAACAAAACACGCACGAAGGAAAUUUGGAUGCAAACGUUGCGCCAAUUUAGGACCAAUGUGCCCACACAACUACGCAAAACUGGGUAUGCCACGAAUAUCGGUCGUGCAACAGGUAGGUGAUAUGAAUUGUAUUAAAUCGCUUAAUUCUACCUUACCCUACCUAAAGAGCUCUCUGGGGGAGGUAAGGGGCGAUGUAAAUGGAUAAUUCCAAUUAGGUAAGUAUGUGAG